GGCAAAAGAUAGCGGCCAAGAGAAAAAAAGCAGGAACGGCUUUGGAUUCGCCGUUCAAAAUCCAUGGCCGGAGAAUCGCGUGGGUGGAUGAUCUUGAUGGUGACGAUUUGGAUCCAGGCGUGCACUGGCACCAACUUCGACUUCUCUUCCUACUCGUCGGAGCUUAAGGCAGCGAUGGGAAUCUCGCAAGUACAGCUUAAUUACCUCGCCGUUGCUUCGGAUCUUGGUAAGGCGUUUGGAUGGUCCUCCGGUCUUGCUCUUCUUUAUUUUCCUAUGCCUGCUGUGCUAUUUCUUGCUGCUGGAUUUGGAUUCCUGGGUUAUGGUUUGCAGUGGAGUCUCAUCACUGGUCGGAUCUCGAUGACCUAUGCACCGGUGUUUGUGCUAUGCUUGUUGGCCGGGCUAAGCAUAUGCUGGUUCAACACAAUAUGCUUCGUUCUCUGCAUCCGAAACUUCACCACAGACCGCUCCCUCGCCUUGUCUCUCACCGUCAGCUUCAACGGUAUCAGCGCCUCCUUAUACAGCCUCGCCGCCAACUCCAUCAAUGGCUCUCCUUCAUCCUACCUAAUCCUCAACGCUGUCCUCCCCUUCCUCACCGCUCUUUUUGCUCUCAACCUCAUCCUCCGCCAACCGCCUCCCCAAUCCCCACACGCCUCCUCCGAUCGUCAAAUCUUCCUCGUCCUACAUACCGUCGCCUUCCUCACCGGCGUUUACCUCCUCCUCCUCAACCCCGCCUCCCCAAACCCAUUCACCUCCCGGCUAAUCCUUGCCGGCGCAGCGAUCCUCCUAGCCUUACCGCUAGUCGUUGUUGCGAGAGAAUGGGCUAGUCUCUCUAUUUUCUCCUGGCUGGAAGGCUCCAAUGAUUACGACUUGCAGAAGGAGCUGAUUGUUGUAGAGGUCGUAGAUGAGGACGAUGAGAGCACCACCAGUCCACGGGACAUUGACGGCUCCAAUGGGUGGCUGUGCUGCUUCAACGAGGUGAUGACCAAAGACAGAAUAACUAAGCUUGGGGAGGAGCACGGGGCGAGGAGACUUAUCCGCCGGUUGGAUUUCUGGCUCUACUACAUUUCUUAUUUCUGCGGCGGCACUGUUGGUCUUGUGUACAGCAACAACCUGGGUCAGAUCGCCCAGUCGCUGGGGCGGCAGUCGGAGACCACAUUUCUCGUGAACGUCUACUCCUCCUGCUCCUUCUUCGGCCGCCUCAUCUCCGCUGCGCCUGACUUUUUGGCUGGGAAAAUAAGCUUCGCCAGAACCGGCUGGCUAGCUGCGGCCCUUGUGCCGAUGCCGCUGGUCUUCUACAUCAUGGCUAAGACAGAAGAUGGGCAGGCUCUUGUCGCUGGAACAGCGCUGAUUGGUCUGAGCUCCGGAUUCAUCUUCGCGGCGGCCGUCUCCGUGACGUCGGAACUCUUCGGGCCUUCAAGCUUUGCAGUGAACCACAAUAUCGUCAUAACUAACAUUCCUUUGGGUUCCCUCCUCUACGGAUUGCUCGCCGCACUGGUAUACGACGCCAACGGCAGCGUUGGGAUGAAGCGGAUAUGCGAGGCCUUCGCGACGCUGCUGCGGGACGGCAUGGUGGUUUGCAUGGGUCCCCGGUGCUAUGGGAAGACAUUUCUCGCGUGGGGAUGCACUUCGGUGCUCGGUCUCACUUGCAGUGUUGCGCUUUACUUGAGGACUAGGGGGGCUUACCGAUGCGCGGCUGAGAAUGGUGGCCGGAGGUUUGUGCGGACCUGUUUCGGUGGUAUCUGGUAAAUUUAUAUAUUUAUUUCCAGAUCUCAGGAAAUCAUGAUGAACAAAACAACAGUAAGCCUAGCAGGCUACGUGGGUCGGCUAGGUGUUUGAAGAAGG